AAACACAACACACACCAGCACAACACAUACGCAUUACACAAAUGCAUUUUUUAUGUACACUUUCAGUGUCUAACACGACAUGGCUACCUCAUGUUUAUCAAAGACAAAUGAUGUAGCUAAUUAUUUAUAAAAAAAUUCAUAAAAAUUUUCACAUUCUGCUGCAGUGACAGUGACUGUGAAUAUACUUGAUCGUCUUCAUUUAAUAAUAAUUAAUCAAUUUAUUAAUUAUUUAACUUUUUUAAACAACAUAUAUUUUACUCAAUUUUUUUCUACCAUACGUCAUGUUGCGUCAGGUACUCGUGAUACAGUAAAAAAUUUAAUUAUUUUUCUCAUAAAUAAAAAGUAAAAGUGAACAAUUUUAAAAAAAAAUUAAUUUUCUUAUUUUGUUGAUUAGUUUUAUCCUAUUUUCUAAAUGAUUUUUUUACUAUUGUGUAAUUUUUUUUUUGCUAAUAUAAAACCAGUUAUAUUUUCAUAACAAAAUAAAAAAAAAAAAAAAAAAAAGAGUUAAACAUCUAUACAGUUGACAAAAAUAUAUACGUAAUAAAAAAAUAAAAAUAAAAAUAAUGAUGGCAGGAGAUGGUCAACGUGUUAAUGUACAACGUGAUAUAUUUCGUGUUGGUUCACGAAAAAGUGAGCUUGCACAAAUACAAACAAACUAUGUUAUUGAGUGCCUAAAAAAAUUGUAUCCAGAUAAAAAAUUUGAAAAAGUUUUGAUGAGUACAAAAGGUGAUAAAGUAUUGAAUAUAUCAUUGCCAAAAAUUGGUGAAAAAGCAUUAUUUACACAAGAACUUGAAUUGGCAUUAGAAAAUGGACGUAUUGAUUUUGUUGUACAUUCGUUAAAAGAUUUACCAACAUCAUUACCAGAUGGUUUGGCACUUGGUGCAAUAAUGAAACGUGAAGAUCCACGUGAUGCUGUUGUUAUGUCUAAGGUUAAUUCAACAAAAACAUUAAAAACAUUACCAAAAGGUAGUAUAAUUGGUACAAGUUCAUUACGUCGUUCAGCUCAGUUAUCUAAAAAUUUACCUCAUCUUGAAGUUAAAAGUAUACGUGGUAAUUUAAAUACAAGAUUAAAAAAACUUGAUGAAUCAGAUAAAAUUGAUAAUACAAAAAUUGUUGAAAAUGAUGAGUAUAAUUAUUCUGCAAUAAUAUUGGCUGUAGCUGGACUAAAUAGAAUGCAAUGGAGUGAUAGAAUUAGUGAAAUAUUAGAUUCAGAUGAUGCACUUUAUGCUGUUGGACAAGGUGCACUUGGUAUUGAAUGUCGUGAAAACGAUUUUGAUAUACUUAAAAUUCUAGAGCCUCUGAAUGAUGUUGAAAGUACAUUGAGAUGUAUUUGUGAACGUUCAUUUUUAAAAAAACUUGGUGGUGGUUGUUCAGCACCAGUUGGUGUUUCAACAACAUUAGAAAAUAAAAAAUUAACUAUAACUGGUGCUGUUUGGUCAUUGAAUGGUGAUACAAUGAUCAAGGACACAAUGGACUGUAAACUUUAUUUACGUGAUGAUGAUGGUGAACCACCACAAAAAUGCCCAUAUCGAGAACCAAGAUUAUACUGCAGUGUUGUGCCAGGAAAAGUUAGUGGAAUGAGUCUUCUUGUUGCUGAAAAUCUUGGUGAAGAUUUAGCUCAAAGUUUAAUUGAAAAAAACGCACUGGAAAUUAUGUCAAAAGCUAGAGAAACAAUUCUCAGUACAAUAUAAAAAAAUAAUAGAUAAUUAAUAAUUAACUAGAUAAUUAAUAAACAAACAAUAAAUAAAAAAAAAAAAUAAGCAGAAAUAAAAAUUUAAAAAGACAAAAAUAAACCCACUGCCUGCUAUUUUUCAUAAAAAAACAAUUUUAAAAAUUAUAAUAAUUAAAAAAAACUAUACAAAUUUAAUUAUUAAAAUUUAUCAACUUUUUGUAAAUAAUUUUACUAUUUUUUUUUUCUGUUUUUAUUUAAAAUGUUUAUUCAGAAAAUGUUGCUGCGUUUUUUUUUUUUUUCGCUAGAAAAUCAAUGUUAUCAAAUGUUUGUAAAUUAUUGUUGUAAAUGAUUAAUUAUUUUAUCAUAUUUUGAGAAUUUUAAAUGAGCAAAAAAAAGUAACGGUGAAGUAGAUACUGUAUGUUUAGAAAAUAUAUAUAUAUUGUAAAAAGAAGACAGCAGAUUUUAAUUGAUGAAUCUGUGAGUCAUUGGGAUA